UAUGUCUAUACUACUCUUGCUCUACCCAUUGGUCCAUGUCUCCAGUGCCUGGUAAUUUUCUUCCUAAGAGCUUCCUUUCCUUUGGUUCCUUUAGGAUUCUUUUGUUUUUUUGUUUUGGUUUGGUUGUUUUUUGUUUGUUUGUUUGUUCGUUUUUUGAGAUGGGGCUAUGUAGACCUUGCUGGCCUCUAACUCAUAGAGAUUGACCUGAAUCUGUCUCAAAGGUACUUCGGUUACAGAGGAUUCCUUUCAAGAAUCCUGUUUUGUGCUGUGACUUUAAGAGUACUUGGUCUUUGAAGACAUUAGGUAUGGGCCAAAGAGAUGACUUGGCAUGGAGAGGCACAUCUUUCAAGGAUAACAGACAGAUCAAACCCUGGAACCCACUUGAGAGAAGAGAAUUACUGUAACCUGAAGGGACUCUACCUGCCCUAUGUGUCUUGGCACAUAUGGGCACACACUAAAAUACACACAGUGACAUGCUCUAGAAGCUUAAUGUACUAUUUCAAUGAGUAAGUGUACACACACACACACACACACACACACACACACACAGACACACACUUGCAUUCAUGGGCUAUUUCCCCUCAAGGCCUCUGUCUCCCCUUGUUUCAGUUUCCCCCAUAUUUCCCUGGUCUUGAUCUUGGAAGGUAGACACUUUCCUCAGAAGCACGGGUCUUGCUCACCUGUUCUUCCUGAUACUGUGAGAAAGGACUUCUCCAGGACCUACCCAAGGCCCUUGUCAUCCUGUGUUAGGACCUUUCAUUUUGCCCAGGCUGUCCAUGUUGCCCUGUUGACUUGCCCUUCUUCUGCCAGGCACAGGCUGCCCUUUGUCCUCCUAGAGUGCAUGCCCCCUAGAGUUUAUCUUUGAUUUCCCCACAAAAGAAUAAACUUUUAAAAUUCUACUUCCUGUAUGUUGGUGCCUACAUGGAUAUUUCUUUUUCCCUGGGACUGAAAAGUCUGCAUCUCUGUGGUGCUUUGUAGCCCAUGGGUGCUAAAUAAAGACUCCUUACUGACACCUGAGUUUAGGGUCUUGAUUUUGUGUCAUUUAAAGAUAGUCCUGGGUAGACCAAAGGGUGUGUUACCAGUUUCAGGAGGACAGAUCAGUUGUUCCUUAAGUUAAGCACAGGCAAGGUCGGGGUGUCUGCUGUGGUUUUUCUCAAGCUGAUUGAUGGCUUUUUGGAGUUGUCAACGUGACACACCUGGGAAGCAGAACCUUCACCGUAUUUGCCUUCAUCAGAGUGGCCCGAGUGACGUUUUCCUGACUGGGUUGAUGGAGGGAGGGACAUUCCAGGGAGGGCAGCUCCAGCAUGGGGCAGGUGUGUGUGUGCUGUAGUGCACAGCAGGGUUAGGGAGCCAAGGGAAGCAUCCAGAAAGCCUCCUGCCCCUGCUUUCUUCCUUCUUCUCUGCAUGAUGACUGGAGCCUGUUAGUCAUAUAAAGCAUUUCCUCCCCUAAGGUAUUUUUGGCCACAGUUUCCUCACAUUGGCAGAGAAACCAGUCCUGAGCACUUUUAACCUGACUAUGCAGUGUUGAAAAUCUGCCAGCAUGCACUGCUCCCAGAGUGCACUCCCUCCCGACUGGGUCUUCCCGAUCACCACACAAGCUUACAGAAACGAAACUAAAAGCUAGAAGCAGAACCUGUAAACCCUAAACUAGAAACUCAGUUGCACUUCCAGGAGUGCAAGUGCCCAGUCAUGGCCGAAGAGACAGCACCACCAUGUGGCCCAGUCUCAACUGGUGGCAGUCUGUCUCCAGAGAAGAUGGAGAAGAGGACAUGUGCCCUCUGCCCUGAUGGUCAUGAGUGGAGUGUGAUUUACUUUGCACCAUCAGCAAAUAUAGCUGCUCAUGAAAACUGUUUGCUGUAUUCAUCAGGACUGGUGGAGUGUGGUCCUCAUGAUCCACGUAAUCCAGCCAGAAGCUUUGCUGUAAAGUCAGUGAAGAAAGAGAUCUGGAGAGGGAGAAGAUUGAAAUGCUCACUGUGUAACAAAGGAGGUGCCACCGUGGGAUGUGAUUUGUCAUCCUGUAGGAAGAGUUACCACUAUGUCUGUGCCAAAAAAGACCACGCAAUUCCUCAAGUUGAUGAGGAUCUUGGAACUUACAAAAUAUUUUGCCCAGAACAUCCUCCACAGCAAGAAGAGACCACUGAACGUGCUGAUAGUCCAAGCGUGAAGAAGACAGGAAAGAAGAAAAGUCUCUCAUCGGGCCCUCCCACAGAGCCAAAAAAGAUGAAAUUCAGUAGAUUUAAAAGACUCAUGAAGGAAGAGCCUCACGGCCACAAAGAUGCAGCUGUCAAAGCUCCUUUUCUUAAGAAAUGCCUGGAAGCAGGACUUCUUACUGAAUUAUUUGAACAGAUACUAGAAAAAAUGGAUUCAAUUCAUGGAAGAUUCAUGGAUGAGACUGCUUCAGAGUCAGGUGCUGAGUGGGCUAAAUGUAAACACAUUCUAGAAAACACACCUUCUCAUGCUUUCCCUCCCUUCUUUAACCCAUUCUUUAAGAACACACAUCAUGGGCUGGAGAGAUGGCUCAGUGGUCAAGAACACCACUUCACUUGCAGAAGACUCAAGACUAUGAAGGGAUCAAGACCUUACUGUUUGACUGUGGACUAUUUGGAGACAUACUAAGAAAAUUCCAAGAAGUAAUCAAGAGUAAAACUUGUGAAUAUGAAGAAAGGCUGAACCAGAUGAAGCAGAAGCUUGAGGCACUCGCAGACUUACAAGAAAACCUGUGCUCAUUUCAAGAAUGUGGGGACCUGGACCCCUCAGGCUCUACCUCA